CACAUUAGAAAAUAGAAAAGAUACAAAUAAGUUUACUCUUCACUCACUCACUCUCUCUCUCUCUCUUGCUCGCUCAUUUCUUUCUCUUUUAUUUUUUUCUUUUUAUUUGCAGGCGAAGCUGUUUUGUUUUUGAGAAUCUCUCUUGGAAUUCAUGUCGGACAAGGGUCGGCCUUUGCCAAAGUUUGGUGAGUGGGAUGUCAAUGACCCUGCUUCAGCGGAGGGAUUCACCGUGAUAUUCAAUAAGGCCAGGGAUGAGAAGAAGACAGGUGCCAAGCCUGACUCACCUGGGAAGGAUGAGCCCGCGUUCAGGCAUACUGCAGAUCCUGGCAAGCCCCAGGGUAAAAAAUGGUUUUGCUGCGUCCAACCUGCUUAUGCAGAGUCCUGAUGGCAGGGGGCUCUCGCUUGGUGGAAAGCAAUUUCCAUCGGGCUACACCAUAUUUUCCGAGAAGACUGGAGCUGUAGUUAUACAAAGGCUGUGAUGAGUCCUGCCGGGGAAUUGGUUUGCUGUGCUUUGAAUUGGGGCUGAUUGGAAAGGUGGUAUGAGAGGAUGAUGAAAGAAGACACAGUUUAUUGUAUUUAUAGUCUUGCUUACACUUACUGGGUGGGCACUAUUUGAAGCUUAGCUUUGCUUCCCUUUCCUUUCCUUCUCCAAGUUGCUGUUGGGGCUGCCGCUUGUUUGUGACUGUUUUUCAUUAUCUGUUCUACCGGAGUUGAGUGAAUUUGGUUUUUGUGUAUAGUUAGCACAGGUUCAUGGCUUUUUCAUUGUCUUCUUGAUCACAACUCUAUUCUGGAUAUGUGCAAUAGUCAAACAAAGAAUUAUGCCUUCAAA